GAAAUCGACUAGUAUCCGUGUACGGGUCUUGUUAACGUGUUCGAAUUCCAUGCGGGCUUCGUUAUCUUUCUCUCACUCGGAAGCAAAUACUUGGGGAGCAACAGAGAGGAGAUUUGACGUUAAACAACAUAAUUGUGAUUAGUAGUUCCGAACUUGAGUAAAUACGAAGACUAUUCAAAAUGCCUACCCUUUAUGGAACUAUUGACGAUUAUCACUCGGAAAAUAGGGCUCUAUCUCCAAAGCAAGUAGGAAAGAAUGGCAGCGAUGAAAAGCAGCAUUUGCUGGACAGUGACUACCAAAGCGGAGAAACCUCCGUUUAUAUGGAGGAGGAAUCGGCUUUUUAUAAAAGUUGGGAGGACCCUUUGAUUGAAAGAAAAUUGGAUCACCCUUUGUCCAAUUCCGAAACACUUGUCCAUCUGCUCAAAGGUAACAUCGGAACAGGAAUUUUGGCCAUGCCAGAUGCCUUCAGAAACGCAGGAUGGAUAGUUGGCCUUUUUGGCACCCUCUUCAUGGGCGCAAUUUGCACACAUUGCAUGCACAUUAUGGUCGGUGUCGCACAUCAUUUGUGCAAAAACUGCGGUGGUUCUGCGCUCAGUUUCGCCGAUGUCAUGGAACGAUCAUUCGAGAAAGGUCCAAAAUGGAUUCAGAAGUAUUCCAUUGCGGCUAGGACUAUGACGAACAUAUUCCUCUGCAUCACCCAGAUAGGUUUCUGCUGCGUUUACUUCGUAUUCGUAGCUGCGAAUCUUCAAGAAGUGGUAAAGCAUUAUUUCUUCGACAUCGACUUCUUCUGGUUCCUCACGUUUCUCUUAGUACCCUUGGUACUGCUAAACUGGAUCAGAAAUCUCAAGUUUCUAACGCCUUUCUCCAUACUGGCCUCACUGCUGAUGAUAGCAGGCUUGGUAAUCAUUUUCGGAUAUCUUCUACACGACGUCCCAUCCAUCAACAGCAUCAAGGAAAUAGGAAAUCCACAAUCUUUGGCGCUUUUCUUCGGCACUGCCGUAUACGCUUUUGAGGGAAUAGGAGUGGUUUUGCCCUUGGAGAACAAUAUGAGAACACCCUUAGAUUUUGGUGGAUGGAAUGGAGUUCUUAACACCGGAAUGGUCUUCACGACAUGCCUAUAUACAGCAGUGGGAUUCUUUGGUUAUUUGAAAUACGGGAAUGCCUGUGAUUUAGGAAGCGUUACUCUGUAUUUGCCGCCGAACGACUUAUUGGCACAGAUGGUACGCUUGAUGAUGGCCAUUGCCAUCUUUUUCUCCUUCCCCCUUCAAUUCUACGUUCCCUUCAACAUCAUCUGGCCGCCUCUGAAGAGCAAGCUGACCAGAGAUAAAUGCGACGACACCAGCGAGAGUCUAAUCGCCGAGUAUACCACGAGGACGCUGCUGAUUUUCUGCACCUUCCUUCUGGCCAUAGCCGUGCCUAACCUGGGGGCAGUAAUAACCCUCGUUGGGUCUUUCAGCAGCUCGGCCCUGGCCCUGAUCUUUCCGCCCAUGGUAGAAAUGCUAGCGUACUACCCCGACAAAUGGGGCCCGUACAAGUACAUCCUAUGGAAAGACGUCCUGAUCAUCAUUUUCGGCUUUAUCGGCUUCUUCUUCGGCACCUACUCGGCCGUCCUCAACAUAAUGAAUUUGGAGGAAUCUUCAAGUACCUGAUUUUUCAUUUAAUUUUCACCGUAUCUGUGAUUUUCAAACCAAGUGCAUAGGUAAUACAAAUAUUAUUUAUUCGGCUUGCCGACGCCCCCUUGUCGAGACAAAUACCUAUUAUUAUAUUAUCUAUUCAAUGUUAUUAAUUCGAAAGAUCGUUUUUAGUUCAAAACUGAUUUUGAACGAGUCAACUGCACGCAGGUCCUUGAAGAGGAUGGCCCAAGUUGACCAAUGAUUAUUGUCUGUAUCGGUUUGUUAUCAGCAAAUCAAUGGCAGAACGAAAGGAGUAUUGUGAUAUAAAUGGCAAAACCUGCUAGUGUGGAAAGAGCACGACAGUAUAGCUACAAAAGAUUGUUUUAUAUCAAAUUGCAUAGAUAGAUAGAGUCAUCAUACUUUCAUCAUCACAGAACUAAGACAAUAAGCAACUAUGACAAUAAAUUUUGCAUCUCAUUUAAUCAAAGUGGAGACAUAUCGUUGAUUCUUAGUUUUACAUAUAGCAAAAAUUAUAUCUGAAGAGUAUAUUUUACAGAUGUGCUUUUUAUCGAAGAAUCGAAUUGUUAUAUUCUUGAUCUCAUAAGAAGUAGUAUGGAUAUCUAUCUACUAUCUAUUAUGCGAUUCAAAGUGUCUAUAAUAUAACAGUCAGUAUUCCUUAUAUUGUAAAAAUGUAGCAUAUGUAAUUUAUCCAUGAAUGUAUUUAUUUUAAAAUAUAAAAAUAUUAUAUCGUAUAUAACCCUAA